AUGUCCGUCGUCGUCGGCGUCGCGAGCGCGCUCAGGGCGCCGCGCGUGCUGGACGAGGGGCGAACGCGUCGACCGUGGCGACAUCGGCGCGGGAUUCGAAGACACGAAUUGCGCGCGCGCGUCGAGGCGGCGCGCGUCAGGGACGAAACGAACGAACAGAAGACGCAUUUGUUCGUGUGCGUGCACGGAUUGGCGGGAACGCCCGACGAUCUGUGCGCGAUGGAGGCGAGGUUGUUGUCGCAGCGAGGGGCGGCGACGCAUCGAGUGACGUGCAACGCGCCGUUGAAUUCGUUCGAUGGCGUCGACGCGGGGGCGCGGAGGAUCGUGGAAGAGCUGCGGGAGGUGAGGAAAAAGUACCCGGGGUUGCGGAGGUUGACGCUGUACGGGAACUCGUUGGGGGGGAUUUAUGCGAGGUACGUCGCGGGGUUGCUUUACGCGGAAUCGAAGGAUGGAACGAUGCUGGACGGGUUGACGCCGUGUACGUUUUUGACGACUGCGACGCCGCAUUUGGGGGUGGGGCCGUGGGGGUACUUUAAGAUCGUACCCGAAGGGGCGCGGAACUUGUGGGCACGGAAUCUCGGGGCGAGCGUGGAGGAGUUGACGCUUCGAGACGGGCAUCGACGCGCGAGCGGGCGGCCGCUGUUGGCGGACAUGGCGGAUCCAGAGACGAAGGAUCCGGUGGACUUUAUCGCCGCUUUAGGGGCGUUCGAGCGACGGUGCGCGUACGCAAACGCUGUGAACGACUUUUUGGUGAGCUACGAGACCGCGGCGAUUAGUCCGGAAUAUUUAGAUUCCGAAACCGAACGACGAUGGCGCACGCUCGAAAAGCCACAAAUCGUCGAGGAGUACGUCGUCGAGGGUUCGCCGAUGCCGCCGACGACGACGUCGACGUCGAGAGGGUGGAGAAAGGAUAGUCUAGCGCUGCAGCGGCGCAUGGCGAGUGGAUUACGAACGUUGACGUGGAAGCACGUCAACGUGGCGUUUCCCGGGCCGACGCCGCUGGCGCACAACAAGAUUUGCGCGUUGCAGCGAAGCGAAGUCAUCGAAAGGCUUUUCAAGGAGGGCGAGUUCAUCGUCGAUCAUCAAGCGAGCUACCUACUCGAACCUCUUCGACGCCAGACUUCGAGUUGA